AGUGGUUCUUACCCAAUAAGGGUAUUCGGAUGGAGCCUGCCUUUACAAAGAGGUUUUCUUCAUUUCCGGGUAGACGGAAAGCUUGAUAGUUUGGAUUAGAAAGAAACAACUGCUUGGUUUUCCAUAGUUUUUAUACUGACGAAACAAUGUCCAAGUCUUUGAAGAAGAUCGUGGAGGAAAGUCGGGACAGGAACCUUCCUGAGGUUGAAAUGUGCGACAGAGGAAUUUCGAACAUGCUGGACAUCCCAGGACUGCUCACUCUGUCUCACAUCACUCAGUUGGUCCUUAGUCAUAACAAGAUCACAGCUGUGCCCCCUAACAUCUCAGAACUGAAGAAUCUUGAGGUUCUGAACCUGUUCAACAAUCAGAUUGAAGAGCUGCCGACUCAGAUCAGCAGUCUUCAGAAGCUGAAACACCUCAAUCUUGGGAUGAAUCGUCUAAGUGGCUUGCCGAGAGGAUUUGGUUCAAUGCCUGCUCUUGAGGUCUUGGACCUAACCUACAACAACCUGAACCAGAACUCUCUGCCUGGAAACUUCUUCUACCUAACCACUCUAAGAGCGUUGUAUUUGAGCGACAACGACUUUGAAGUUCUUCCUUCCGACAUUGGGAAGCUGACAAAACUGCAAAUACUGAGUCUCCGGGAUAAUGAUCUGAUCUCGUUACCUAAGGAAAUUGGUGAAUUGGCUCAACUCAAAGAGCUUCACAUCCAGGGCAACAGGCUGACUGUUUUGCCUCCUGAACUUGGUAAUCUGGAUUUAACUGGUCCUAAGCAGGUGUUCAAAGCUGAGAAUAAUCCAUGGGUCACUCCCAUCGCUGACCAAUUCCAACUCGGUGUCUCCCAUGUUUUUGAAUAUGUUCGUUCAGAGACCUAUAAGUAUCUCUAUGGUAGACACAUGCAGGCUAAUCCAGAGCCUCCAAAGAAGAGCAGUGAUAAGAGCAGGAAGAUCAGCCGCAAACCACUUUCUGCCAAGAACAAAUGAAGAUGAGGAUGGAGAUGAGUGUUCAUCAAUCAGCCAAACUGUCUUCAACUGUCCUUUUACUAUGUUAUAUGAAACAUUAGUAUGCUUCUGCAUGUCUUGUUUUAAAUGUUCUAUGGUCUUUCUGAAUUUGUUUUGUUUCCAUCUGCUUUAUAUGCUAAUGAAGUCAGCUUUCAAACAUAACAGGCAUUUAACACUUUUUACAUUCAUUGUUGUAGUAAAAGUAGUAUAUUACUGUUUAGAGCUCUAUAUCAAAUGGAAGAAGUGAAUCAGAAUAGGUGGUGCUCGUUUUCUAUAGGUGUUGCUUGAAAAUAUUUUUGAAAGACUGCAGUUAAAUGACUCUUCACACUACUUCUACUUCUGCACUUUACUAUUAAAUUAGACUAAAGGCUUUACAGUAUUAAACCCAGUAUUGGGCACAGAGCCAAUAAUACAAAGAGAUAAUUGUGGGGCAAACUUUUUGUUUAAAACAUCAUCGUUCAUGCCAAUUUUGGAAAUUACUUGUGAUUUGGUUAGCAUUUAUUGGGUUUUGAUAACUGUAAGUUCAAUAACAUCCACAACAUAUUCAUCCACUAUUUAUGUACCUGUCCUAGCUCACGUUACACAUUUGCACUGACUUCUUAAUAGUAAAGGUCCUACAUACUUGCACAGACAUGAGAUCACGAACGUCUGCGCUAUCCUAAACUAAAACAGCUAACCCCUCUAACAUGCUGCGCUGUCUACGUUCGUCUUGUUUUGUGGGUGGACAUGCAGCACCUUUAUUGUCUGAAGACGUGUGACACAGACUGACAGCCGUUUGUUAGCAGCUAGCGUUAGCUCCGUCAAAUUUCCUUAUCAAUAUUGCCUUUGCAGCUUAAAGGCUGUGAAGCCAAUAGUUUUGUAUGCUCUAUUCUUUUGUUUGCAGAAUACCGCUGAAUAAACCCCUCAAAGAUCCUUAAAAUCCAUCAGAUGCAAAUGCAUAUACUAACUGUUCUCAACUCAUAAUUGUGUUCCCAUCAUCAGUGCCUUAGUGUCAUGUCUUGGCUGAGUUUUUAGUUUAUUACAAACCUGUUUAUUUUUUUUAUUAGCAGCCAUAGUGAUGGGUAACAAAAAAUGUGAUGCUUAUGAUUCUAAUUAUUUAGGCAUCAAGUGAUUAUUUGAACAAUGGUGCUUCCCCUAGUACCAAUGUCGGCUCUUUGCAUUAUAUUCUUCCCCUAUUUAUACUUUAGAAAGAGCUCACUGUGUCUGCUUUACUUUUCAGCAUAUGAAUCCUAAUAUACUCUGAUCAUGUUUAAAACUAUAGUUGUAGUCCUGUUCAAAAACGCUUUUUAUUAUAUUGGGUAAAAUUGUCUUUCCAUCCUGAAAGAAGUCAACACAUUUUGUAUUCAGAAAAUGGGGGUUAAAAAUCGAUCUCUGUGGGAGCAGGAGGCCUGUAAAAAUUCUAAUCAAUUCUUGGUCUUCACACUGAGGAGCAUGGAUUUGUCAGUCCACAUGUCAUUCUGACGCGCUCAUGUAACAGCAAUGUGGCUCCACGAUCCUUGUUUGUUUCCGCUUCUUGACUGUGCAUGUAGACUUCUAGUGCAUAUGUCUUUGGUUAGCUUAGCGGCUAGAUUAGUGGUUAGCUUCUGUGUUAGCAGCGGAGCUACAAUGAAUGCUCUCACUGUAUACUUUGAAGUAUCGCAAGAAGCAAACUGCUGUCAUGUUUAUAAGAAGAGGACGGUCUCUGUAGAAAAGUAAAACCAUAGUGGAUUCGGGAGAUUUUAUUUACUCUAGCCCCAUUAAGAGAGGAAGAGCGAUGUAAGACAGUUAUUCAAAAAUGGCCUUGGGGAGACUGGAAAAAUCGCCGACCCUAGCUUUAAGGACUGGUCAGAAAAUUAAGGAAAAAGCAGCCAAAGUAUAAACAUCUUUACUUUAAACUUUACUUUCUUGAUAGCAAGAAGUUCAACUUGUUGGCAGAAGGGGGGGAAAAAAA